CUCCAGACUUUCCCUGAGAUCUCCACGCUGCCCUGGUACACUCUGCUGUUCCCCCUGAGCUGCCUCCUCAUCAUCCGGGGGCUGCGAGACCUCGUCGAUGACAUUGGCCGUCACCGCAGUGACAGGAGCAUCAACAGCAGGCCCUGUGAGAUCCUGGCUGGGAGCAGGUUCUGCUGGCGUCAGUGGCGCGACAUCUGCGUCGGGGACAUCGUGCGGCUGCGCAAGGACAGCGUCGUCCCGGCUGACCUGCUCCUGCUGUGCAGCUCCGAGCCCAGCAGCCUGUGCUACGUGGAGACCGCGGACAUUGAUGGGGAAACCAACCUGAAGUUCAGACAGGCCCUUCUGGUGACCCACCAGGAGCUGCAGAGCGAGGAGAGCAUGGCUGCCUUUGAUGAUCUUCCUGCUGCUGUUGGCAACGUCCCUGGGCCUGGCUGUGGCCUCAGGGUUCUGGGCCAGGACGUUCCAGGAGAAGCACAGCUACCUGGCUGCCCUCUACCAGCACACCAGCCCUGCCCACCAGGCCUUCCUCAAUUUCUGGGGCUUCACCAUCCUCCUGAGCAUCAUCAUCCCCAUGUCCAUGUACAUCACGUAA